CACGCACUGUCUCGACGUGUUCUACAAUAAUUAACCAGCUGCUGUGGUGUUGCCACAGGCUCACCUCCUGCCACACGAACUGUACUCUGGACUUUUUACACAGUAACGCACCCCUAUGCCGGGCCAUACACAAAACCUUAAAUAUGGAGCCGAUCAGCCCCAUUUCUUUAAAACACUGAGAGACAGCCUAAACAGAGGUUAAACAGAGAUGAAUGAAGCAGCUUUGCUCCCACUGAUCAAAGCGGGGGACGGGAGGACGCUGUCCAGAGCCGAAUUUCUCUCGCUGCUGAACACUUACAACUGUUUCCUCAAGGACCAGACUCAACUGCACCUCACCUACUCUCAGGCGGUCGAUGGUGAGGUGAUUGUGGAAGGCUUUCUGAACAUCUCGUGGGGAGUCCGGGGACCCAUCAGGCUGAAAAUACAGGAUGAAAAGCAGAUGCUUUCCCUCACUCCUCAGAUCCCACCUGAUCCUACCAGUCCAGUCAGUCCAGCAGGGAACAAGAGCAGCAUUUCACGUUGGGGAGAGUACAAUGACCUCCACCAGAUAGACGAGAUGGCUGAAACAGAGGCAGCACAGCAAACAGUGGUCAAAGACCCACUUCCAGGUCCACCUGUUUAUGAGUCAGCCACCUUGCGUCCUGCGAGGCAGAAGAACUGUGAGCUGGAGAUGGAGUCAAACCUCUUUCGCUGUAUGAGCGAAGCAUCUUUAGUGAAGAGGAGGAGGGGCCGAAAAUCAGCAGCACAAAGAGAGAAGGAAAGACAGCAUCGCUUUUCUAUCAACGGACACUUCUACAACUACAAAACCUCUAUUUUCACUCCAUCCUUUGGUACUCCGACCAAAGUCCGCAUAUCCAGCAAGAUGAGCACAGACCAGGUCAUCGAGCAGCUGCUAAACAAAUUCAAAAUAGAAAACGAUCCUCAGGAGUUUGCGUUGUACUGCAUUCACCAAAGUGGAGAGAAGAGGAAACUGAGCAACAGAGACCAUCCCUUGUGGGAGCGCGUAAUGCACGGACCCUCUGAUGACAUUAUGAAGAUAUUUUUGAUGGACAUGCAUGAGGAGGAAGUCAACAAUGAUGUUGCCCAGUAUUUGAAUCUGGAGCUUCCACUUUUGGAGCAGGUUCUUCUGAAGCUCAGAGAGGAGGAGAACCGGGAGAUCCAACGGGUCAUCAGCAAGUACCAUCAUCAACACAGACUACUGUCCCAUAUGCUGAACUCUAAGGGGUCCCCUCACAUUGAGACCAGCGUCUGACAGAGGCUGAGAGCAACCGCUGGAGCAAAAACUCUCAGGAGGAAUCUGGACUUGUUUCACACCUUUAACCUUUCAAACAGGAUUAAAUGUUAAGACCCAGAUGCAAAGACGCAAAAUACCAGGUUUACAGUUGUACCCUUUCUAUCAAUUAUAUAAUACAAUGAGAUGUAAGUUGCUAAUAUGUGUUUUUUGUAAAUAAAAAGGGACCAUCUUGAGAAGCUCUCUUUUUGUGAUCUUUUUGGUCGAGAUAAAUUGUGCCCUAUAGGAUCCAUUCAAGAUUGUCAUUUAUGAUAAUAUUGAGCACUGACAUUUUUAAAUCUAAAAGGUUUUUAUAUUUAGAUUAUUAUUACAUGACUUGUUGUGACUGAAUAAUGUUUGGCUUUAGGCAAAAGUAUUGGAGUAUUAUUAUGGUUGAAUUUUUCUGGAAGUAUGCUUUACUGUACAUUUAUCAUGAUGCAUCAAUUCAGUUUAAUAACAUGGAAUGUUUUUAAGAGUCAAAAAAGAAUAAAG